GGUCUUCGCGCGGCCCUCGCCAGGGGGCGCCGCGCAGCCCGCCCGCCUCCCGCAGGUCUAGCACACACCCCCUCCGCCCCGCGCGCCGGCGGUUCCGAGCCUACGACGCCUCCGCUAGAGCCCGCGGGGCUGCGCCGACUCUUGCUCUGGAGGGGUUGAGGGUACCUGAUGGCCACAGAGGGCUCUAGGAGGCCGAACGUGUAAGCGGGGUGGGCGCCAUGGAGGCGGAGCAGCGGCCCGCGGCGGGGGCCAGCGAAGGGACGACCCCUGGGCUGGAGGCGGUGCCUCCCGUUGCUCCCCCGCCUGCGACCGCGGCCUCAGGUCCGAUCCCCAAAUCUGGGCCUGAGCCUAAGAGGAGGCACCUUGGGACGCUGCUCCAGCCUACGGUCAACAAGUUCUCCCUUCGGGUGUUCGGCAGCCACAAAGCAGUGGAAAUCGAGCAGGAGCGGGUGAAGUCAGCGGGGGCCUGGAUCAUCCACCCCUACAGCGACUUCCGGUUUUACUGGGACCUGACCAUGCUGCUGCUGAUGGUGGGGAACCUCAUUGUCCUGCCUGUGGGCAUCACCUUCUUCAAGGAGGAGAACUCCCCGCCUUGGAUCGUCUUCAACGUAUUGUCUGAUACUUUCUUCCUACUGGAUCUGGUGCUCAACUUCCGAACGGGCAUCGUGGUGGAGGAAGGUGCUGAGAUCCUGCUAGCACCGAGGGCCAUCCGCACGCGCUACCUGCGCACCUGGUUCGUGGUUGACCUCAUCUCUUCUAUCCCCGUGGAUUACAUCUUCCUGGUGGUGGAGCUGGAACCACGGUUGGACGCUGAGGUCUACAAAACGGCACGGGCCCUACGCAUCGUUCGCUUCACCAAGAUCCUAAGCCUGCUGCGGCUGCUCCGCCUCUCCCGCCUCAUCCGCUACAUACACCAGUGGGAGGAGAUCUUUCACAUGACCUAUGACCUGGCCAGUGCUGUGGUUCGCAUCUUCAACCUCAUUGGGAUGAUGCUGCUGCUAUGUCACUGGGAUGGCUGUCUGCAGUUCCUGGUGCCCAUGCUGCAGGACUUCCCUCCCGACUGCUGGGUCUCCAUCAACCACAUGGUGAACCACUCGUGGGGCCGCCAGUAUUCCCAUGCCCUGUUCAAGGCCAUGAGCCACAUGCUGUGCAUUGGCUAUGGGCAGCAGGCACCUGUAGGCAUGCCCGACGUCUGGCUCACCAUGCUCAGCAUGAUUGUGGGUGCCACAUGCUACGCCAUGUUCAUCGGCCACGCCACGGCACUCAUCCAGUCCCUGGACUCUUCCCGGCGUCAGUACCAGGAGAAGUACAAGCAGGUGGAGCAGUACAUGUCCUUCCACAAGCUGCCAGCAGACACGCGGCAGCGCAUCCACGAGUACUAUGAGCACCGCUACCAGGGCAAGAUGUUCGAUGAGGAAAGCAUCCUGGGCGAGCUGAGCGAGCCGCUUCGGGAGGAGAUCAUUAACUUCACCUGUCGGGGCCUAGUGGCCCACAUGCCGCUGUUUGCCCACGCUGACCCCAGCUUCGUCACUGCAGUUCUCACCAAGCUGCGCUUUGAGGUCUUCCAGCCGGGGGACCUCGUGGUGCGUGAGGGCUCCGUGGGAAGGAAGAUGUACUUCAUCCAGCAUGGGCUGCUCAGUGUGCUGGCCCGUGGCGCCCGGGACACACGCCUCACCGAUGGAUCCUACUUUGGGGAGAUCUGCCUGCUAACUAGGGGCCGGCGCACAGCCAGUGUUCGGGCUGACACCUACUGCCGCCUCUACUCACUCAGUGUGGACCAUUUCAAUGCUGUGCUCGAGGAGUUCCCCAUGAUGCGCCGGGCCUUUGAGACUGUGGCCAUGGAUCGGCUGCGCCGCAUCGGCAAGAAUUCCAUACUGCAGCAGAAGCGCUCCGAGCCAAGUCCAGGCAGCAGUUGUGGCAUCAUGGAGCAACACUUGGUGCAACAUGACAGAGACAUGGCUCGGGGUCUUCGGGGUCUGGCCCCGAGCACAGGAGCUCGGCUUAGUGGAAAGCCAGUACUGUGGGAGCCACUGGUACAUGCGCCCCUUCAGGCAGCUGCUGUGACCUCCAAUGUGGCCAUUGCCCUGACUCACCAGCGGGGCCCUCUGCCCCUCUCCCCUGACUCUCCAGCCACCCUCCUUGCUCGCUCUGCUUGGCGCUCAGCAGGCUCUCCAGCUUCCCCUCUGGUGCCUGUCCGAGCUGGCCCGUGGGCAUCCACCUCCCGCCUGCCCGCCCCACCUGCCCGAACCCUGCACGCCAGCCUAUCCCGGGCAGGGCACUCCCAGGUCUCCCUGCUGGGUCCCCCUCCAGGAGGAGGUGGACGGCGGCUAGGACCUCGGGGCCGCCCACUCUCAGCCUCCCAACCCUCUCUGCCUCAGCGGGCAACAGGCGAUGGCUCUCCUGGGCGUCAGGGAUCAGGAAGUGAGCGGCUUCCUCCCUCAGGGCUCCUGGCCAAACCUCCAAGGACAGCCCAGCCCCCCAGGCCACCAGUGCCUGAGCCAGCCACACCCCGGGGUCUCCAGCUUUCUGCCAACAUGUAAACCUUUGAGUACAUCCAGCCUUAGUUCUUGGGGUGCAGUAGUAUGUACCCAAGGGCAGAUGCCUCUUGGGGAAGGCCGUGGGGACCUGAAACAUUGUCCCAUGGAAAUGUCGACCCUGUGCGGACAUUCCGCAUACUGCCAUGAAGACGGUCUCUGUGUCCUCAGCUCAAGAAUCCUGUAGUUUGUCCCAUCAUAAUCCAUUCACCCGUUCAUCAUGUGUACUGAGCAGCUACCAUGUUCAAGGUAAUAUGCCAGGGGCUGUAUGUCUCCACUGCCAAGUAGAAGUGACUCAAAACCCUCUGACAAGGAUAUUCCCCUGGCUAUGGUCCUACCAGGUGCAGGCCCAGGCCCAUGACCCCACCUUUACUAAGCACAAGUACUUGCCACCGCCAUCACUGCCAAGUAACUAGAUGUCUCUGUUUCCCUGCCGAUGAUCCUGCAGGUUCUGCCUGGUCUGGUUAUCUUCCUGUUCCUGUAGCAUAGCCAGGCACUGCCAAUCACCUGCGCCCCCAUUGCUGCCAGCAGAAGUCUUGGGUCCUGAGUGUGGGUAUCCACUUUUACCCACUCACUGCCACCUGUGGACACUCCGUGUCUACCCUCUGAGUGGGAACACACUUCUAAGUUCCCUGCAGUCUCUGUCCUGUGGUAGACCAUCUUUUUGUAAACUGGGAGCUGUCUCUUCCCUGUACCCUCUGCCCCAGUCGUGACCCCCUAAAAGUUAAGGGGUAGUUGGCACCUCCUUAUUAAUAUGCCAGCCUAAAUCCCCCCUGGUGGAGGGGCAAAUGGCUGAAUCCUUGUGUGAUAUUUUUUUCUUUGCUUAUUUAUUCAUUUAUUUAAUUGUAUUUAUUCAUUUACUAAGUUUAUGUGCUACCAAUUCAUUUUGGUUACCCAUUCCUUUAUCCAUCCCUCCCCUCCUUUUCAGGUAAGGAGACAGGAGGAGUAGGAGGAGGCAGGGCCUCUCCAUGCCAGCCUCUGUGGUCCUUGCCCAAACUCAUCAGUGCAAUACUUGAACCUUCUCCCAGGUAGGGGCAGGAGGAGCCACAUGAGAGAGGGAGAAGUACCAUGUUUACUUUUAGAGUUUUGUUUUGUUUUUUCCUUCUGAGUUUGCUGUUGGUGCAGGAGUAAGGGAAAGGCCCAAGGUAUCCAAGCCUGGGGAAGGGCAGGCCAGCCAGCACCUCUGCCUUCUCAGGGACAAGAGUAGUCCUUUACCACACUCACUCUGCCUGUCCCCUCGCCUACUCUACAGCAUUAAAGACUGUGGGGCCAGGACCCUAAGUCUCCUUUCCUUCUGGGUGGGGAGUUCUGGGGUUCUUGGUGUGUGGGAGAAGUUUUAUAAUUACUUCCAAACAGCUGGGUUUAAAUAUAAAAUAGACACACUCA